UUCUUAAAGCGAUACGCGCACCGACACGGGGUUUUGCUCUACGAGCUCGACGCGUCGGUGUUGCCUGACCCAUCACUAGCAGGUGUGCAGAAGAUGGAGAGAAAUGAGAAGCAGUCAGACUUCACUUUGCAGAAGGGAAACUCCGUGGGAGACAGUUUCAGGCUGCACAUGGUGACAUGGAAUGUGGCCACAGCUGAUCCUCCAGAUGACGUGACCUCUCUUCUCCAUCUGAACUCUCCAAAGAGCCCAGACCUCUAUGUCAUUGGUCUGCAGGAGGUGUACUCGGGGCCACUGAGGUUUGUCUCAGACAUUGUAUUCGAAGAUCGAUGGAGUCUUCUGUUUAUGUCUACCUUAGCGUCAAGGAAAUAUGUUAAGGUGUCAUCCAUCAGAAUGCAGGGUCUGCUGCUGCUCUUCUUCUCCAAACUGGAGCACAUCCCAUUCAUCAGAGACAUCCAGACCACAUACACACGCACAGGCGUUUUCGGUUACUGGGGGAACAAAGGUGGCGUGUCCAUCCGUUUGUCUUUCUAUGGCCAUAUGCUGUGUUUCCUUAACUGCCACUUGGCUGCUCAUAUGAACUAUGCGACUGAGAGAGUGGAUGAGUUUGAGUACAUCAUGGACACACAGACCUUUGAAUGUGCAAAGGCACCGAGAAUUCUUGACCACAGACUGGUUUUCUGGUUUGGAGAUCUCAACUUCCGAAUUCAGGACCACGGUAUGCACUUUGUUCGCACCUGUAUCGACAGUCAAACCUACCACCUGCUGUGGAGCAAAGACCAGUUGAUGAUGAUGAAGAAGAAAGAACAGAUGCUUCAGGAGUUUGAGGAAGGGCCGCUGGAUUUUCAACCAACAUUCAAGUUUGACCUAAACUCUGAUAAUUACGACAGCAGCGGAAAGAAACGUAAACCUGCUUGGACGGACAGGAUUUUGUGGCGCCUCAGACCCAAAGAUUCAGCUCCUGAUGAGCAACAUGCAGAUCCUGCAUAUGCAAGGAAGGUCAAGCAGCUUGAAGAGGAUGAGGAGUACCCUCUGAAGAUCAAGCAGGACUUGUACACCAGCAACAUGGAGUACAGGAUCAGUGACCACAAGCCUGUCAUCAGCAUCUUCACACUGGAGCUAAGGAAGAUGUAUGAGACUCCUCUGGUGCACCUGCAGGCAGAGGGCGACUGGAGUGCAGAUAUUGAUGCCAUGGUUCUCUAUAGUCCCCUGCAGCCGUUUCCCUCAAGUACAUGGGACUGGAUUGGACUCUACAAGGUUGGAUUCACCAGUGUGUGGGAUUACAUCACUUACACGUGGGUCACAGACAGUAAAGUGGCCUUCAAUGAAGAAGUCAUACAGGCGUAUGUUAAUAAAGAGGAAAUCCCUGUGCAAGGAGGAGAGUGUGUGCUCUGCUACUAUAGCAGUACUCUGCAGUGCAUCAUUGGAAUCAGUGAACCAUUCAAGGUCCAUGAGUCCAAGGUAGCCAUUGAGGAAGGCUUGUUGCCGGAAAAGAUCAACAGACUUGACAAAACUGUGGCAGGUGAAGACCUCUGGAACUGAUCUGUCCGGAGUUGUAGAUGUGGUACGAUGUAGAGACAAAGCAAAUGUUCACUCUUUACCAACAUAAAGAAAUGGAAAUCCUGUGAUGAUACACAGCUAAUUUGUUUGGCCAUGAAGCAGGAACUUACACAGGAAAUGCCUUCAUUAAUAAUUUACAUGUAGUGAUAUUUUUUACGUUCAUUUCAGUCUGACAUGACCCUUUAAAAUGAAUUUGUUUGUUGGUCCCUUGGAAUUCAGAAAUUUGGCUGACAUAGGGGUAAGUGCUAGACAAUGACUGAUUAAACCCUUUAAGGUAGAAAUGAAGAGAAAUAGAGGCUUAUUGAGGUAAAUUAUUCGCUUCGAAAUAGAAAACGAUCUGACUGAAAUCUUUUUCCCUUCCAUUCUUGUAUCUUUAGAAACAUUGUGCAGUAUUGACUGUGGCUGGAUCUGUAAGCUGGAUCUGUUUAUGAUUAAUAUAAUGUAAAUACUUUUUAACAUAUUAUUUAAAAUGUUCACAGGAUCACAGAAUAUCGAACCUUGGUGUUGGGAAUUAGUAGGAAGAUAAGAGAAGAAUUAGCUGUUUUUUCUCCUCACAGUAUUUUAAAUAAUGUCAAUUGUUCCUGGAGGACUUGAACAUACAGACGGGUGACAGGGAAAAACUGACAAAAUGUUUCCACUAAGUGCCACCAGAGCACUUUUUUUUUUCAAGACUCAAACCUUUAUUUACAGUAAAGCUUUCUGGCUCAUUAAACCUCCUGCAUCUUGCAGUUUUAAAAGUAUUAAUUGUUCCCUUUUUAAUACUGAUUAUGGUCUGACACUGAAGUGUUUGCACUGUUUAUUGUUGAUGCAUAAAUAUUUAUAGGUGGUCCAUGUGUGUUGAGAGAAUAUAUUAAUAUCUUGUUUUUGAUUCAGCAAGUGCCUUUGAGAUGAUUGUUGCUUUAAAUGUACUGUACUAUGCUGCAUGGUUUUGAUACAGUGUGCAUCAGUAAUAUUAUUUAGAUUAUUUAGAUUAUUUAUCAUAACAUGGCAUGGUUUUCAUGUUUUUAAUUUUAAAUAUUGCAGUUCUAAAUGCUUGGCUACUAAAUAUUGUUGUAUCGGCUUAUUGGUAUCAACUAUAUUUGCCAGCUUAGCUCAUAGUUAUUUGUUUAUUUUAGUUUAAAGAGUGACUUAUUUUUUCAAAUAGUAGUGAAAUGCAAUGUACUAUAACAGAAUACCAACAAUUGUAUAGCUUUAUACUAAA